AGGACACGGAGGAGAGGAUGCCCUGGAUGAGAGAGACACUACCCCCGCUGUCCCCUCCCUGCUCCCCGCUGUCCCCUCCCUGCUCCCCGCUCCUCCUGUGCGCGCUCCUCCGGUGAGCUCCAUGAUCCGGGCCGGGGCUGGGACGGUGGUGGUGGCGGCCCGCAGGAUGCCCUCCUCGAUGCGGCGGAGGAGCGGCUGCUGGAUCGCCUGGUGCCAAGCGCUGCUGCUCGGCGUGUCGGGGCUGGUCAUAGUGGCCGAACGGAGCGCUCUGAUCUACUGCAUGGGCUUCUACCUGUGGAACGAGGAAAGCCAGUGGGCCGGCCUGACCCUGGGCCUGUUCCUGCCCGGCACCGCGGUCCAACUGCUCAGUAUGAAGUGGUACUACGACGAUGGGGACAACCGCCGCUGCUACCUCUCCCUCAUACACAUACUGCAUCUGGGUAUAUUCAAGAGGCUGUGGGACUGCAUGCGUUUGGUGUUGCACAUGCAGGACUCUCUGGCUGACCUGGGAGCAGCGGUGAUGCAGCAGGCCGACGUGGCUGCCCUCUGGCUCCUGGAGGCUCUGGUCCUGACCCUGCCCCAGAGUCUGCUGCAGGCCUAUGUGGUGGUGUCUACUGAUGUGGGCAUCAUGUCUCCAGUGGCGCUGUGCUGUGGCCUGUGUGUGCUGUCCCUGUCCUGGGCUCUGGUCCUCUACAGUAGGGCCUGUUGUCUCAUCAGACCUGGACACUUGGCUAUGCCCCCGGCCGCUCUGCUCUGUCAGCUGCUCUGGAGGUUUGGCAUGAUCGCCUCCAGAGUCACCUGCCUCAUGUUCUUCGCCCGCGUCUUCAGCUGGUGGGUCUGUGGAGUGGUAGGCUUCCACUGGCUGACAGCGUCCUUCUGGCUGGUGUCUCAGCAGCCGGACAUCUGCACGGGCCCCUGGUGUUGGAGGACCUUCAACGCCGUGCUCGGCCUCGUGCACGUCUUCCUCUUCCUCAACGUGAAGGACGGCCCCUCGCGCUUCCGCAUGGCCAGCUUUUACGCUUUUAUGCUGGUGGAGAACGCUACUCUGGUGCUGGCUGCUUCCGAUUUCCUCAGUGAAGCGUCCUGGGACAACAUGACCCUGCCCACCACUGUGCUCUGCAGCUUCCUCCUGGGUCUCAUUUGUCUGAUCCUGUACUACUGCUUCCUCCACCCCAAGUCCACGGAGAUCUCCCAGGGCCGACUGCGCCGCCAUAUGGGCAGCACGUGCAUCGAGCAGGGGGACUCUUCCUUCUCUCUGGGGGACAAGAGCCUCCCAGCGCCCUCCUCCCUCCAGAACCACGGCAGCUUCUCCCUGUCUGGCGUAGCUGGCUCCCUCUUCCAGCACCCCGGCUCGUGUGGGGUCAAACCCAGCAGCUCCUGUCCGUGCUACCACCACCACUGGCUCCUCAUCCGGCUCGCACUCAAGACCGGAGACCUGGGUAAGAUCAACCGCGCGUACGGGGAAGGGGGAGCAGCCGCCAUCUUGGAUCUGGAAGAGUACAAUGACUUCAAGAGCAACGAGGGGCUCACCAUCACCGCAGGAGGGACGUGCGAGGGGGUGUCCAUGUCAGAUUCGCACGAGAAAGGCAUCGCGCCGCUCUCGGAUUGCAAAGACGAGUUCCAAAGCGUGAGCGAGCCAUCUUCGACCGGACACGAGGACAGCUUGGAGAUUGAGAGCCCGAUGGAAACGCCCACUUCAGAUUUCAAACGCAGCUCGCCAGAAGGGAAGUCGGUUUUCGGAGACAGCCCGGAGCCGUACUUUUGCCCGACGGAGUCCAGCUCUACUUUGUAUUUUAGCGCUGAUCCACAGUCCCCCAGCAGCGCCAGUAACCCACGCUUGGACAGAGGAGGGGGGAGCAUGGAGGGGGUGCACCUGAACUCCAUCCCCAGCGAUCCGGCUCUCCACAGGGACAUCCGGAGCUUGAUGGGGAGAGGGGUGGGGCCGCGCUGUACCUCCACUCCCAAACUGGACUCGGGGGCGGGCAUGGAGGCGGCGGCCAGUGUCCCUCACCUGUCUGGACCUCGCAGGCAGCUCAUAAUGUCCCGUAGAGACCCGGACGAGACCUUUUAGGCACAAAGGUUAGGACUUUAGGGCUGCACCGUAUGAAAUGUACAUGUGAUAUUCAGCUAUGGAGAAAAUUGCGAUGUAUAGUUUUUGGGAAAAAUUUGAUGCAGGUUUCGUCAAAAAGGACCUAUGCAAAACCUUUUGAAGGUUUUAGCCGUGUUAUAAUGCUGUUUCCUCAUCAAAGUUGUGUGACUUCAUUUGCACGUUUCAGUAAUCUUCCGUUUGUACAUGGUCUUGUUCUCUUGUACUUAAGGAAAUACCAAGGCUAGAGUGUACAAACCAGUAUAACAAUGCAUAAUCCGUAACAUAAACCCCUUAGAGGUACAGUCUGUAGUCUGCACUAUUGCUGCUAAAAAAGGAAGUACAGUUAUACCUGAACCUGGGUUGCCCCCAGCAUUUUGUCAUUUUUAGUCUAUGGACCAGCCAUGCCUCAUGUGAAAGCUCAGAACCUCCAGAAUUCACUCACUGAGCUGCAGAGGCUGCACUAGCACUGACUCAUGAUUGGCUGCAGGUGCUGGGGUUUUGGUAGAGACCAUUCAAAUCAGAGAGGUUUAAACCAACUGGAUUCCAGCAUUGAAAAUGGCAACCCAAGUUCAAUGCCCGAUGUUUCUGUAAUUAAGAAUAAAUCAGCAUUACAGUUGUUAUAUGUAAGAGAAGAUAAAAGUUUACUGAAUCAUAUUGGAAUGAAACAAAACACAACUUCAGGUAUAUUUUUGAUGAGGACAUUAUAGACAGUACAUUAUAACAUAGUUAAAAAAGUGGAAAACAAGGCACAAUUAUGACACGAUUAAAGAACAUAUGAAAGAAUGUGACUUCUUAUCAAGUGAAAACACAAGAGCGGUAAUGCUAAUUUAGCCUCAUAUUGUGCAGCUCUAAGUGGGACGUGGCACGCCUCUCCUCUCAUGUAAAGUAUAUGACUUAAUCAGGGAACGACAGCAGCUUAAUAUCCAAACAUGGCACCAGCUUUUUCUAUCUGCUCAUGUAGUAGGAGACACAUAGAGGUGUGUCUAUAAGGGCCAGGCCUAUGGAGGCAUUCAACCCUCAUAAUAAACAUUACAGAGGGAUUCAUAGCAUAUCGACCUAUCUACGAGCUAUCUAUUUUGUCUGAUAUUACACCUAAUCUAAUACAAGGAUUUUAAAGGGCAGGUCCAUGCCUUGCAGAGUGAAGCUCCACUACGUCAGAUCCAGCUGCAUCAUUAAAGAGGCUGUACCUGAUUUUUGUCAUGUACCAAAGUCAAAUGUGUCCUGUCCCAGUACAGAUAUAUUGUAAAAGCAGCUCUUAGCAUCAAAAUGAGACCUCUGUGGGAUGUCUUCAUCUAGAGUGAACCACGAAGUGUGCUGUUUUUAUGCUAAUUGUUAUUAACAUUAUUGUGAAACCAAAACUCUGCUCUGGUCCCUGAAAGUUGUGAAAAGCACUUAUAAACUCAUUGUGGUGAGUAAUUAGGAUUCUCUGAAUGCAUUAGGAAAGUGAGAAGUAAGGAGCACUGCACAAACUGUAAAAUGACCUAGUGCUGUUUUUCAUAUUAAGAAUGUACAACACUGUUGUAGCACCUUCAAGGUGCUGUAGUAUAAAGGUUUGUGUUUGAAAAAUCAAGUAUUAAACCCCACCGGAAGUGGAGGCAGUGGAGCUCCAGUCUUCUCAUGGCCUUUACCAAGACUCUCCUCCACGCUCUUGCAUUUAAACACAAAGUAGGAGUGGCUGACUUUCCAGGCGACAGAAAUAGGCCGAUAACACAAACCUCUGAAAGAGAAAUAAUAAGUCAUAUCUAAUCAUCCUGAGUGAAUCUAGUGCGUAGUUGAGUAGAUCUGGCCCUUACUAUUUCCUAUACACUGUGGGCAUAUGCUAACUGAACCAUUAGUGAUAAGUUGCUCAAAUGCUGGAACACACUUGUGUGAUAUUAAAGGCCAUAAAGGUGUACAGAGCUAUAUAAUGUAUUUUCAGUUCAUUUAGUAGCAGAGGUUUUACACUAUACUGUGCAGAUCUGGCUCUACCAGACUGGAAUCAAAUAUUUAACAACCAGGAAGUGUUUUCUUUAUGAUCUACAUAAUGUGAAUAAUACAUAAGACACUUAUGAGUAUAGAGAAGCUAUUUCAUAACAUUUUGGACUUUUUAUCAUUGUGUUGCAAAGCAGAGUCCAUAAAGCACAAUGUGUACUGUACAUUCGUUGCUGUGUUUUUGUUACUUUUAUUGAAGAAUAAUGAUAAUUGUGUAUUUUUUGUAUGAUGAGUGAUUUCUUUGAUUGCUGUGUGAAGCUACAUACUGAAUUUAAAGGUCCUAUAUUACAUUGGAAUUGACUCUUGUGAGCUUUAAGCCAUGUUAUAAUGUUGCUACUUCCUCACAUACUCUGAGUUGUGUUUGUUUCAUUCACACAUGUUUGAGUAACCUGUUAUUAUUAGUUUGUCUACAUCUCUACAGCUCAAAAUGCUCUGUUCCACCUUGUGAUGCUAUCAAGUGGUAGUUUUCAGUUAACAGCUCCUUUUACCAUUUGUUCAGUAGAGACUGGAAUUUCCAGGGUGAAAUUAUCCAAUGAUCCAUGAUUCUAAUGAAGGUGUGUGGAGUUUAAAAACACAGUGGAGCACUUCCUGUGUCACCACAUGACUUCACAAGUGUGUUAAAUAUGUGUGAAUGAAACAAAACACAACUCCAGGUCUGUUUGUGAUGAGGAAACAACAUAACAUAGACUGGAAAAUAGUGUAAUAUGGGCCCUUUAACAUCUUAAUUUACAUGUUGACCAUGUAACUGAUUAAGAAGAGCUUAGUGAAAACUCAGGCACUUGACGGACUUUGAUUUUGAAUUGAGAAAUAAAAUGUAAUUAUAAGCUGCAGUAGGCAAUUUUAAACAUCGACACAAUUAUCAAUAUACUAGCAGAUUUGCAAGCCGCUUUCUGCACUUAAAGAAGCUGCACUCGGUAACUUUUCUGCUGGUAGAAUAUCUGCCACCUGCCUGUCUCCAUGGAGAUGUUAUUGCUUUGCUGUUCCCCAGUAUGGCAUUAAACAUAUCUAUCCAGCAUUUAUAUCAGUAUGAAUGUUUUUAUUGCUCAAACAUAACCUUGAAAAACAUUCAGCAUUCUUACUGUGAGCUGGCUGGCCUCUCCACAGACCUGACAUGUAACUUGGCCUAGUAGUGUCACCUGCUUGUCUCAGUAGAUCAUAGUUUGGAUUAGGGCUGCAACAAGUUAAUCGUUUAAUCAGAACUAAUUGAUUUUUGAAAUAAUCCGCAACUCAUUUAGUAGUCGAAUUAUCGUUAGCUGGUCUCUGAAGAGAAGAAGCACUUAGACAUGAAAAUACAGGAAAUAUGUUUACUCUGUGCUUUUGAUUUUAAAAACUGCACCAGGCUGUGCUCAAGCGGUGUCACUUCAGCUUUGUUCUCGUCAAAUAUAGAACAAAACUUAUAUUCAUGGCCUUUUGCUUUUUAAACAACUAAUGGAUUAACUAAAAGACAUAACCAAUAGGUUAAUCGAUUAGCAAAAUAAUCGUUAGCUGCAGCCCUGGUUUGGAUCAUUCUAGGCAAAACAGUAUCAUCUCUAUGACGACAAGCAGGUUAUGUGCCUUUCACCAGAAAAGUUAUAUAGGCCACAUUGAAAAGAAAAGCUAAAACUAAAAUGAUACAUUAUGGACUGUGGAAAAAGCUCAUAGCCUCCAGAGUUCACACAGAGGCUGCACUAGCACUGAUUAAUGAUUGCUGGGUUUAGGUUGUAAGGAUUGUUUUAAUUGUUGUAUUCAUUUGAUUUUACAGGCCUACAUAAAACCAAAUUGCCUACUGUAACUUGGUGUAUUUUAGUGAGUUGUUUUGAUUUUGUAGUGAAAGGGCUGGACUGUAUGAGCAGAUAAACAGUGUUGCUCUGUGCUGUGUAAAGGCCACCGAUGGCUCCAACAAGCAAUAAACUCACAUACUGUUUUGAUGUGACUAAACA